GAAGCGUCUCGGGCGCACUGGACGCUGGGAGCUGCGAGCGCACACAUCGUAUCCACUCGCACGAGAGAGGCUGGACCACAGGCCCGCACCUUUCCCGUAACUAACCUCACCAAUAUGUUUAUUGGCAUCACUUCUAGUGGAGACAACGUCAAUUCCCACUACGAUUACUUAAUUUGAACGCCGGAGCUGUAGUGUACUAGGACUUACUGCGAUCCCCAACUACAAUGGCGCUUGAUUUUGUAGCUGGAUGUAUCGGAGGCUGUGCUGGGAUUAUAGCCGGUCAUCCGUUGGACACCCUGAAAGUACAUGUGCAAUCUGGCAGAGGAAGCGCGCUGGAAUGCACCAAAAGCUUGUUGAAAGGAGGAACACUCUCCACGGUUUAUCGUGGGGUGUGGGCGCCUUUAGGGGGAGUGUCGGCGGUGAACGCCAUAGUUUUCGGAGCUUAUGGAAACACUAGGAGAGCGUUGCCUGAUCCUGACUCUUUGAAAACGCACGCAACGGCCGGCGCGGCCGCUGGACUCAUGCAGAGCUUAGCCUGCGCGCCUGUUGAGCUAGUUAAAACCCGACAGCAACUUUCAAGACCGGGAGACGGCAUGCCCGGAGGAGCUUGGGCGGGAGCUCGACAUAUCUUACGAACGGGCGGGAUUCGAACUCUAUUCCGCGGACUAACAAUUACGGCCGCCCGCGACUGCCCCGCAUUCGCGAUCUACUUCACGUCGUACGAGAUGAUGACGCGCGACGACCGGUCGGUGAUGACGGUGUUCACGGCGGGCGGAGUCGCGGGGGCUCUGUCGUGGGUGCUGUUGUACCCUGUUGACGUGGUGAAGUCGCGACUGCAGGGGGACGUGGUUGGACGGUAUGCGGGCGCGUGGGACUGCUUCAAGCAGUCGGUGCGUUCGGACGGCUGGCGCUGCUUGGGCCGCGGGUUGGGCGCGGUGACGCUGCGAGCUUUCAUCAGCAACGGGGCAUGUUUUACCGCCGUGGUGUGGACGGAGCGGAUGUGGCAGGAGCAGGCGCUGGCUGGCGAGCCUGCCGCCGUCGCCGCCGCGCACUCGCUCUGCGCCUCCACCGUUAUGAGCGAGGCCGUUUGUCAAGAGAGUGCUGACUACUGAUCCUGCUGGAUACCAGUUUUGAACACACCUUACGCGAGUGAUGACCGGAGAAGGUCGAGAUUGUACAGUGUUAUCGUUGUUACUAAUUAGGUACUUUGUAUUUUUAUAAUUUAAAUGAAAACAUGGAACAUGUAGGUAUUA